CGCACGGCGUCCCUAAUAUCAGCCAAAACGAUAAAAGUUUUGAUUGCCCAAGAAUGAAAAAAUACAAAAAUGCUCAAACUAUACCCCGAUAAAUGCGGGGUUGGGUAUUAGAGGGUUAACGGCAAACUACAACAUGAAAUACGAAGGCGCAUUAUCAGUGGAAGUCGGGCCUACCAUGGGCUCAACAAGAAUAUGCGGUCUAGAAAGAUUCUCCCUCGCACCAAAUGUAUCAUGUAGAAAACGCUGAUAAGACCGAUGGUUCACUACGAGGACAAGAGGCAGAUAGUCAUGGGUUCGAUCCCAGCCCCGGCACUUCUUCGUCAGUUGCUUUUUCUCCCUGAGAGCAGCUGACACUGACCCUCUUCUGAGCACAUGGCUCAAAUGGACCCGAAUACUUGGACAACGGCGAACGGCAACCCAUAAUGGACCCCAAUCGGACUGAAAAAAGGAACAACCAAAAGCCACACAUCAACAUCCUCGUGCUCAUCAUUUUACCACAAUAGGGUAGAAAAUGAAAGCAGCGCAACGGCAACCAGUUCGAUAUAGUAGAAUUAGAAUAGAAUAAAUUUAGGCGUUGUACAAAGUGUAAGUACAGCUUCUAAUUGGAAUCGCUCACGCAGUGCCCUAGUGGACAAAAGAGCUGUAAAUUAGGUUAAGUGAUUGAAGAAUAAAAAGACCUGGACUGUGUUCGAUGAGGAGCACAUGCAAGCACUCGAAGAGUGCGAGUGUCGGGUCCUUAGGACCAUCUAUGGCGGUGUGCAGGAGAAGGGUGCGUGACGGUAAAGAAUGAACCACGAGCUCGCUGCACUCUACGGCGAACCUUCCUUGGAAGGUGGCAAAAGCUGGUAGGAUACGUUGGGCAGUGCAUUUUAUGAGAAUGCCGGACAAUAACUCUGUAAAGCUGGUGUUCGCAAGGGAUCCGGAUGGUAGAAGAAGAUCUGGAGGGUAGUGUGCAAGGUAGGCGAACCAGGUGCAGAACAAUCUGGCAAAUGUGGAACGCAGCCGAGGAUGGAGGACUGCAGUCACGAAUCAAGUGUUGUAAUGUAAAGCUGAAUAAAUGAAAUCAAUGUAGGUAUGACACAAUGUGUUAUUUGAGUCUGACUAACAUUAUGUUUAACGUCUACACCGUGGUAUUUGAAUUACAGAGUGGUCAGGUUUAAUCUUCAAUAUACUUUGAAGGUUUGAACAAACGAACAUUUCACUGUUUUUGUAUGAAAUUGUGUAAAACGUUAUAUUUUACAAAGUACAAUAACAGUCACAGUUGACAACCGCUCUUCGUGCGCGCCGGACGUCUUUUUCCCUUUCCUUUGGUUGCUCUUGUAUCGAUACAAGAUGUCACAAUACAGAAAAAACACGUUGGUAGUGGAUUUUGGUGUCUUGCCAAGGCGCCCCGCUUUGGAAGAAGCGGAAAAGUUCCUGAAGUGUUUUGUAAAACUUGAUAUGGCUGAUGUUAGGAGCAUUCAGAUCCAUAACAUCAAAAACUGCCUAUUUAUCGAGAUGAACGACCCUGGUGUAGCCCCGCGGCUACAAAAACUGCAUCAUCUACAACACUGCUUCGUUCUCGAGGGAGUAAAAUACUACAUACCGGUAUACGUGGAUGGUCCAACAACGACCGUGAGGAUUCACGAUCUUCCGCCGCAAAUGUGCAACAACUCCAUCGCCGACCACUUGCAGCAGUACGGGAGAGUGAUCUCCAUUCACAACGAAGUGUGGAAGAACUUCUUCUCGGGGAUACCCAAUGGUGUGCGCGUCGUUCGGAUGCGGUUGGAUAAACCGAUACCGUCGCACAUUGUUGUGAACAGCCACGGCACGUACGUUAGCUACCCUAACAAUAGCGAUCAACAAGCGAUCCGUAGCACUAAACAAAAGCAACAAAAAACACCAUCCAGCUCGGUCAAGGGACAGAAAAACGACGAUAACCAGUGCGAUACAAUUGAACCAGAAGCGGCUAGAUCUGAUAGAGACGGUGGUGAUGAUGAUGACAACGAUAACGAUGAUGGAAAUACCGAUGUUGAAAACGAAAACGAUGUGAACCUGGAGACCGAUUCUGCGAAGCGGCGGUUGUCAACCGAGUCAACGAAUGGAACGCGAGACGAAAAUUUAGCCAAGCGAUCGUGCAACGAGAAUGUUCAAAAUUCCGGUUCUACUUGGAAAGUGAUCACGAGAUCGAAGAAAAAAAAUAUGUCAUAGCUGUAUUUGUAUUUUAAAUAAUCUGACACGAAUGCACCUUUUCAGUGUAAAGUGUCUCUAAUAAAUAAUAAUAAUAAUAAUAACAGUCAACAUUUGAUAUUUGAUUUUAAAUAGGCACUCUGAUAUCCAGAAGAGGCAAUGAAUGCCAAUAGUCAACUCCCGGACGCGGACACUCUGUAGGUUAACAUGCAUAAUACCAGCAUCCAAUUUCAAGUCCAGCUGUUUUUUGUACCGAGCGAGCAUUUCGGUGCAAAAAUGUAACAGUAAGCAGACAAAAAUGAAUCAACAGUAAAGACACUCCGCUCCGCGUCCGAUUGUUGCAAAUAGCGAUGCGAUGAUGAUGGUCGAUCAAGAGUAGCAGCAACAAAACAGAGAAGAAGCGAUAAAUAAUGGCUUUUAAUUGGAUUUCGUUCACGAACGCUCCAACUGUCCGCCGUCGAACGACCCACGAUGAUGACGACGACUAGGUACGUGAGACCGUGCUUGCUUGCCGUUGGCGUUGCCGGACAGACGGAGAAUGCAUUCGAUUCGACCACGAAAAAAAAUUUCUCCAAUUGCGUACGCGCAAGGAAAGGAGAAGGUGCACGCAAUAACACAAUCCACGCCACUACUCGGUAUAGACUCUAUCCGCCCGUGAAAUGCGCGAGCAUCUACGAUUUUAUCUACGGGAUGCUCAUAGGUAAUCGUAUCAGUAGGGUGCGGCUUAUUUGAUGGGUUGUAUCCGAAGAUACGACAGUUUUAUCACGUACGUCAAACUUAAUGUAAACUUGAUUUAUCAAUUUGUAACAGUUAUAGUCAGCCAGUUUGUCAACUAACACUCCAACUCGAAACUUUUGUCUAAACUUUGCAAACUUUUUGAUUAUUCUCGAAAAAAUCAAAUGUUACUUAUUCAUUUCUUCUUCUUAUCGUAACGUACCCACUGAGACAAAGUUUGCUUCUCAGCUUUUUUUUUCCUCCCCUGUUGGGGAAAUUAAGCCACUGCGUCCAAUAGGCUGAACUAUUGUGGCAUGUCCCGUUUUGAUAUUCGCAUCUAGCCAGCUAAUUACCAUGUGUCAAGUAAUCAGCUACUGCCACGACGCGUCGUCUCCCAGUCAGGUGCAAUGGAAUUGAUAAACUCCAAGACCUUCCCAGGUUUUGCAGAUCAGAUCUCACUGGGUUGCAAGCAACCUUUAUCUAGAAAUCUUUGCCUGCGCGUGUAUAAAGCACCACAACUGCAAAGCAGAUGUUCCGAGGUUUCACGUUCCGUAUUACAGAAACGACAGAUAUCACUCUGAAUAUGGCCAAUAUUUUUCAAGUGAUACCUGCUCGGGCAGUGUCCAGUUACUAGGCCAGUGUAUGUACAUAGAGCUCUCUUGUUGAGCUCUAAGAGCUUUUUGGUUUUAUAAGCAUUUGGUGUUAUAAAUCGUUUUGACUGAUUGCAAUUUUUGACGUCCAUCCAAUUGGAUAUCACCCUCUGCUCAGCCCAGCGUUUCAGGUCCAUUUUAAUUGUACAGUUUGAUAUACCACAGAAUGGUUCUGGGCCAGCAAACUGUAAAUUGGAACCACUUUUAGCAAGCUCGUCUGCCAUUUCAUUUCCUUCAAUGCCACAGUGACCUGGAACCCAGUAUAAGUUUACUGAAUUCCCUUGGCACAGCCUGCGCAGUGAAAGAAUGCAUUCCCAGACA